GCGCGGGCCCCUGGGCUCCACAGUCACACGCACGCCAGACGCGCGCAGGACGCUUGUGCCCGCACCUCUCCGCGUGACGCAGCAUCCCAGGUUGGGGGUGUGUGUGAAAGCGAGUCUGUGAUGUGACCUGCAGCCGAGCUUCCGUGGGCUUUCAGCUAAGGGUCCAGCCCCCCAUCCGCAAUCCAUCCAGCCAUCCGUCCAGCCAUCCAGCCAUCCGCACAGUGUCGCCGCUCAUCCUGCGUCCCCUCCCCCCAAUCCAUCCAUCCGCACAGCCUCGCUGCUCAUCCUGUGUCCCCUCCCCAAGCCUCGGAGAGGAGACUUGCACCGCCUCCCGACCCCAGCAGUUGAACGGGUCCUGGGGAGUGGGUGACCCGCUGGAGAGGACACAAUUACAGCGCAGGGUGGAGGGAGGGGGACCAGUGGGAGGAGUGGGAACGACCCCCGCCUCCUCCCCCCAUUCCACGAGCUCUGUUUCUGUUGAGUGAACGAGCCUAGCCAGCCUCCCCAGGGGGUCCGCAUGACUCAGCGAGGGACAGGAAUGUUCUGGGGGAGGGGUCCCACAUGCUGUCCAGCACCUCCCCCAGCAUUCUGCCUGGAGCCAGACGCAGAGGAUCCAGAGGGCCCCAAAAGGCUCCUUUUCUUCGUGGAAACGUGUCAUCUCCGGCCCAUCUCCGUUGCCAUGGAAACCCGCGAUGAUGUCACACGGACGUCACGUCGUGUCAGAGGACUUGGAGCUUACGUUUGGCUCAAAGGGGACCCCAGAGGUGGAGCUACUUAUCGGGAGGGGCCUCCUGUGGAAGGGUGGGGGGAGACCCCGGCCCUUGGCCCUCCAGCGGGCGAAACCACCAGCCUGAGACUGACGGCUCUGCACCCACCCCCGCCCCUCCGCGCUCUCGUCUGACGAGGACCCGCAUCCACCAUGGUGAAGCUGGGCUGCAGCUUCUCCGGGAAGCCGGGCAAAGACCCCGGGGACCAGGAUGGGGCUACCACGGACAGCGUCCCCCUGAUCAGCCCCCUGGACGUCAGCCAGCUCCAGCCACCAUUCCCUGACCAGGUGGUCAUCAAGACGCAGACCGAAUACCAGCUGUCCUCCCCGGACCAGCCGAAGAAGUUCCCCGACCUGGAGGCCCAGAAGCUGACCUGCAGCCACCCGGAGGAGGGGCGCAGGCUGCCCACGGCGCGGAUGAUCGCCUUUGCCAUGGCGCUCCUGGGCUGCGUCCUGAUCAUGUACAAGGCCAUCUGGUACGACCAGUUCACCUGCCCCGACGGCUUCCUGCUUCGGCAGCACAAGAUCUGCACCCCGCUGACCCUGGAGAUGUACUACACCGAGAUGGACCCCGAGCGCCACCGCAGCAUCCUGGCGGCCAUCGGGGCGUACCCACUGAGCCGCAAGCACGGCACCGAGCCGCCCUCGGCCUGGGCGGGGAGCUACCGCGCCAGCAAGGAGGCGCCCAAGGCGCCCACCCAGGCGGGCGCGGCGGCAGCCACUCAGCCCCCCGGGAAGCCCUCGGCGCCGGGAGAGGAGGCGGCGCAGAAGGCGGCGGGCAGCGCGCCGCCUCCGGCACCCCAGUGACAGGAUCCGCGCCCGAAGCCCGGCGCCCCGCCGGCCCCCGAUACCGCCUCGCCGCCCCCGCUGUGGCCGCGCCCCUGCUCUCGGCUCCCUGCUGACGUCCCCCUCGUGAGCCUCGCUCUGUCGCUUUUCUCUAAGUAAAGAUUCACAUCCACGGGUA